CUGCACUCCUCGCGUAUGUCGCAUGGAAAAUGGAAAAGCGACCUUAAAUUGUAGUGAAGUGUCUGCAUGGAAUCUUCUUAAAUAUUGUGAUAUUCAAGAUGUAGAUUAUUUAUCUUCCCACUCUAUAAUUAUGAAGUAACAUGGCAAGCGGAGGUAGUUCGCCCAAGAUGGGCAAGUUGUGUGGGCUAGCCGGCGGGGAAGCGUGCGGCGCCAGGUGGACUCUAGGUGCGUUGCUGCUGGCGCCACUAGCUGCCGCUAACUCCAGCUACUGUGCCGUCUUCGCCGUGUUGCUGCUUGCUGUCUUUAUAACAUUGGCCACAUUCACCAGUCAGGACUUAAAGAAGCUAGCCGAAAUCCUCCCACCUGCAAAGACAGCAAGAGGCAGACGGGAGAGAAACCUCCGUUCCCUCGCCGACUACAUGGCUAUGUGGAUGUCGUUUCUGUCCCAUCUAGUAGCGGUUGCUGUCUGUGCCAGGAUCCUAAGCGCAACCGCUGACCAUGUAACAGGAGGACGUACGAGGAAGUGGUUGUUUGGUUACGAAACCCGCUCCCUGGGGGAACCCUGGCCGGAUGUUUUGGGAGUUACGGUAGUGAUGGUUGUUUGCGCCAUGUUCAUGUGUGGAUUGGAGGAGAGUAUGAUGUUCACAUUCCUACUGCUAGUGGUUCUGUACAUCUUCAGCCAAUGUUUCGCAAUAUUUGGCCUGAUGAAUUUGGACAUCGCAAACAUUAAUAUGCCCAUACCGAUUACCACAUUUGAGCUCAUAGCAGCCGCUGCCCCGAUCUCGUAUGUGUUCUGCGUCGUCUCCACGCCCAGAGAUGACAAGAAAUUCAGGAAGAACAUGCUACUGGUUAUCGUUCUACCCACAGUAGUUCUAGUCAGCUUGUGUUUUCUGUUUAGUAACAUGUUAAAAGGAACCAGCAUCGACGCAGCCUUACCAGUCACCACAUUGCUAGAAGCGCGUACAUCCAACUGGAUCUGCCCGGUGCUGGCUGCCAUAACCGUGUCUGGUAUAUGCCUGGCGCUGACGGAACUCUGUCCGCUGCUGUUCAAUGUGCUGGUCGCGCUGGCCUCUCCGGAGUGGAAGGUGCUGACGAGGUCUAUGACGUACGAGAGCGCUACUACAGGCAGUCCAGUGCUGGCUGUUUUUACUGCAGGGAGUCUGGCAGCGAUAUUAGCGUUCGCGUGCCCGCUGUCGCACAUGAUCACGCUGAUGAACGCCAGCCACCUGUUCAGCAUCACCAUCCAGGCAUUCCACUUCAUCAUCCUGCGAUGCUACCCCACCACGGAGCAGAGGGAUGCUGGAGAUGUGGAAUACAAACGUUUGGGAACUGAAAGCACUCGUAUGGCGAAAUCCUCAGAGAAGAAGGCGAAGCGCGGUCUGUGGUUUAUACCUUCUGCUCUACGUCAUACGAAGACUUUGGAGAGCAUCAAAUCCAAGGUCAUAAAAGAAACCGAAGACCGAGAGUGUCUACUUCUGGAUGAAUACUCUGGUUGUCCUACAGAAGAUGUAGACCAAAUAAACAGCAGUAGCAGCAGAAUUAACGUAACGCUAGCCCAAGAGGAGGACAUGCAAUCUGACAUAGAGAUCAGCGAGCCAGAGUUGUCUUCGGGAGAUGAUUCUACGGACAUAGAUGCCGUUGUCAAAGAAUAUAGAGAUACGAUCAAAGUAGUGACAGCAAUCCCUGAAGCGAAUGCUCCCAUACUACCUUGCGUCAAGGGUGCGCGGUGGUCAGCCGUGGGGGCGCUGAUCCAAGUGCUCGCAGACGCUUUCAUCGCGGCAGGGUUUUGUAAAGACGAACUAAGGAUGCCCAUGUUCUCUGUUGGGAUACCCCUGUGGUUCAUCGGUCUCUUCGUGUGCUGGUGGCAGCCCUCCCACAACAUCGGGUACAAGCGGCUGCAAGGUAUCCAGGGGCCGCUGACGUUGGCGCUGUCGAUACUGCUGCUCAUCCCACUGCUUCUCAACUCCUGGCCAGCGAUCAUAUUGUUCGCAGGAGCAGGUGUGGUGAUAUACGCGCGGUGCGAGCGCUGGUGCGGCGACCUGGCGGUGCACCACGCCCGCCCGGACCGCCGCACGGUGAAAUCCGCGCCCGCAGCCAGACUCACACACGUCGACACCGUUUAUAUCGCUAGAUGACAAGAAGACGACUCGGAUUCGAGUCUUGAUAAUCUCAUAGACGCGGACGAAGAAGAUCCUGACGCCGAAUGACAUGUACCGACUGUUGUUAUAUUAACACACUAGCGACCGCACUCAGGGACGUUUAAUGAUGAUUAACUUCAAUUUAAUGAAGAGUUUGACAGAUAAU